ACAUGAAGUCCUGUCCUAACUUGCCAUUGGGUGCAACGGCCGAUAGACGAACACUUGUCGCUUUCCCGUGACGGACAACACACUACUUGCAUGUUGGUCGCUCCCUCCCUCGCGCGCUCAAGAAAUUAGACCAGAAGCCGAGCUUGAGAUCAUGGGGUUUUCCGUGAUCCUGCAACCCCACAACGCCUCCAUCCUCUCUCCCGUCUUUUCCUUCCAUUAUUCCGCGAACCGCCCCCACCAUGGCCGCCUCUCGCCGGCUAUACUCUCGGAUUUAAGAACCCAACGGCUAGUUUCGAUCCCCUUCCACCCUCCAAGCCGUGGGCCCAUCAAGAAAUCCCCACGAAGGCGCUAUAACUCCGCCGUCCGUGCUUCCGCGGAGGAAACCCCAGCCAAGGCCCUGCGGAGGAUCGUGGAGUCCCCCGGGAUACAUCAAGGCCCUGCGUGCUUCGAUGCCCUCAGUGCCAAGCUGGUCCAGAGAGCUGGCUUCCAGUUCUGUUUCAUGAGCGGGUUUUCAGUAUCUGCUGCUCGGCUGGGGUUGCCAGAUGUGGGUCUUAUUUCCUAUGGUGAAAUGGUAGAUCAGGGAUACCAAAUUACCCAAGCUGUGUCGAUUCCUGUGAUUGGAGAUGGAGACAAUGGCUAUGGGAAUCACAUGAAUGUCAAAAGAACAGUCAAAGGUUUUAUUAAAGCUGGUUUUGCAGGGAUAAUUCUUGAAGAUCAGGUAUCACCAAAAGCAUGCGGCCAUACUCUAGGACGGAAAGUGGUCUCAAGGGAGGAGUCUGUGAUGCGCAUAAAGGCGGCUAUUGAUGCACGAAAGGAAAGUGGCUCUGACAUUGUGAUUGUGGCACGAACUGAUUCUCGCCAAGCAGUAUCUUUCGAGGAAUCACUAUGGCGAUCACGAGCCUUUGCUGAUGCUGGAGCAGAUGUUCUCUUUAUUGAUGCGCUUGCUUCAAGAGAGGAGAUGAAGGCAUUUUGCGAGAUUACCCCUUUGCUUCCAAAAAUGGCCAACAUGCUUGAAGGUGGAGGUAAAACUCCCAUUUUGAAUCCUAUUGAAUUGGAGGAACUUGGGUUUAAAAUUGUGAGCUAUCCACUGUCCUUAAUUGGAGUUUCAAUCCGAGCAAUGGAGGAUGCACUUGUUGCCAUAAAAGGUGGUCGUGUACCUUCUCCUGGGAGCUUGCCAUCUUUUGAAGAAAUCAAGGAUGCACUGGGUUUCAAUGAAUAUUAUGAAGAAGAAAAGCGAUACAGUAUCCCUCCUCCUCAACCAUCAUACAGAAGAGGUUAUUCUCCUGCUACCAGUACAAGGCCAACAACUCAAGAAUAUCCUGAACAGAGAGAAGACAGGCCAAGUGAUCCUGUUGUUGAAGUGCUAACUCCAUACGUGUAUGACAACUUCAGUUCAGGUGAUUCAAGAGGUCGUAUGUCUGGAAUAUGGUCCCGUACACUGAGAUUGAAAAUCACUGGAAGGAAUGGACUUGAAAAGCUUGACGUCAGAAUUCCUGCCGGGUUCUUAGAAGGAAUGUCAAGAAUAAUACCAGGCUUGGGAGGUGUUAAUAUCAUGGAAAUGUUAGAGGAUGCCUCUGUAGAGGUGGAUGAUGGCCCACAAAGUGGGAAGAUACUGCUGGAUUUUAAUGAUGCAAUGGGAGAUAGGAUUCAGGUGUUCGUUGAAUGAGCAGAACUUACGAACUAAAGUUCUGGUCCUCAGCUUGCUGUGGAUAUUUCCUUCGGAUCACCAUAAAAGUUAGUAUGAUGUAAAAGACAGCAGCUAUGCUUCGCUGCUGACAGCACAUUAAUUGUCACAUGUUAACCUUAUGAGCGGCCAUAUGAUCCUGCCAAGAUAUGAUGCCAAUUUUAUUAAAUGCGCAUGGGGAAGGGAGGGGAAUCACAUGUUUACCUGGUAAACGUUUAUGGAGAUUGUUGUACAAUCGACAACAGAUGAAUGAGAAAUUUUGUGAUUCUCCAUCAGACAUCACGGUUAAAUGAAGCUAUGUUGUUCACUUCA